GGACACCUUAGGUCUGCUGCCGCUGUUGCUGCAUCUUCGUUUGAUAUGAGAUGUCAUUAAUCCUACCUAUCUUCUGGGUGACAUUGAUACAGAGAAAUGGCAUAAGCUUGGAUGGGCUAAAGGUUAAUAUGCCAGGAGCCUUGACCGAGACAGUAAACUAUGUGGAACCGAGCGAGUCUUCACGGCCUUGCUGUAAAAUCUAGGACAAGAGACUCGCCAUUAAAAGUGCACUAGUUGAAACCUCUUCAGUAAAGGAUUCGCUUCUG